AUGAAAAAAGUUACUACUGAUCUAACAAGAGAGAAUAUAGCCAACUGGAAGGAAUUGGUAUUGAAAGAGUACAAUUUCAAAGCUAAUGGUUCAACCAUUCAAUGUGGCCAUCUUCAUCCUUUGAAUAAGGUGAAGCGUCAAGUUGGGAUGAUCUUCCAACAGAUGGGAUUCGAGGAGAAGCCGGCGAAUGCAAAUUCUUACGUCGAAAGCAGUUUCUGGAAUUUCGACGUCCUCUUUCAGCCUCAACAACACCCCGCGCGCGAUGCUCACGAUACUUUCUUCCUAAAAAACCCUAGCACAGCAAAAACAUUGCAUGAACACAAAGAGUAUCUUGAAAAAGAUAAAUACUAUUCCGUUGAUCGAGUUUUCAUGAAUGAAUCCGUUGAUAGGACUCAUCUCGCUGAGUUUCACCAGAUUGAAGGUGUGAUUUGUGGUAAAGGGCUUUCCCUAGGUCAUCUCCUCGGAGUUCUUGAGGAGUUCUUCUCUCGUAUGGGAAUGUCGUCCAAGCUCCGUCUCAAGCCGGCUUUUAAUCUGUACAUGGAGCCCAACAUGGAAAUUUUUAGCUAUCAUGAAGGAUUUAAGAAGUGGGUGGAGGUUGGGAAUUCCGGCAUGUUUAGGCCGGAGAUGUUGCGAUCGAUGGGGUUUCCGGAAGAUGUCCGGGCGAUUGCUUGGGGUCUUUCACUUGAUGGGCCUACAAUGAUACGUUAUGGAGUGAAUAACAUCAGAGAUCUGUUUGGGCAUAAGGUUGAUCUUAAGCUCAUUGAGAAAAACCCUAUUUGCGGUAUUCGUCUUCAAGGUACCGAUCCUGAUGCGUACGAUCUUAAUUUUCUGGUUCAGACAUAUUAA